AGCUAUUCAUCCGUGAUGUUUGAAGAGUUAUUGUAAGUCAACCAACAACCUUUUUGAAGUGUUCAAGCUGAUCCUCAUUGCCCUUGGUGUUGGUGUCAGUAUCCAUGGGGUAAGUCUUUCCUAAUGAUUGGUGGAGCUUCAAUUAAUUAGAAGGCUCACAUGGCAAAGAAAUAUCCAACUCGAGCAGUUAAAUGUAAAAUAGUAUAAAGUAAAUUGUUUGCAUGACUGAAAAUUGUGCAGACAGCGGCCCUCAGUCCUUCGAGGCACCAGCCAGUGCUGUUCGAAUUUGACUUUGGUUUUAUUGGUCUGUACUUCACACGAUUAGGCUUUACCUUCUUCUUGUCGAAUGCAAAUAUUCGCCAACUUUAAAGUUGCGCAAGAGUGCCUGACCAGCAAUUCCAAUCCCAAACCCCAUCCGAAAUCAAGUGAGAGACCAACUGGGGGUGACCAGUGCAGAGGCAGUGGCAGUGCAACGCCUCUCUGCUCAGAUUUCAAGUUCAAACGAGUCGCCAAGAGAGUUUUGCCUGACUUCGACCUUCCGACAAUUACUGGAAACAAUGUGGCAGUGUCCAAUUACGGCUGGUGGUGCGGGUUUUUGGCGAUUGAAAUUCGAAUUUGAGAUACGAUUCGCAAAGUUCCAAAUCGGAGGAGCGUGCCACACAAGUGUGAAGCGACGACAGCAAUUUGUUGAAUGCAUCAUCCAUCAACGAUCAGCGAUCAUCGAUCGAGACGAUCGAUCGCCAAUGAAUGCGUUCCGAUGCGUCGAGUUGUGAUGCGAUGCCGAUGCCGAUGUCGAUGCCUUUAAUUGUAGAACUGGGGCAAGCAUCUGAGACUCAUCCCUAAACAGGGUGUUUACCUGUAGUGGCGUCGUCGCAGUUGACUUUGACACUGAUCGCGAUUUGCGAUCGCUCCCCCAAGUCCAUUUCCAUUUCCAUUUCAAAGCGUAGCGUAAAUCGGUAUAAAUAUGCGCGGCACAACGCACCAAUUGUUCAGACAGCGAGACGCGUUCAGCUUUGGAGGUGGUCUGCGAUCGUCAAACGGUUCGCAAUUGGUUUAUUAUUCGGGUAUCCCAGGAUCACAGCAAACACCUUUACCUUCACCAUGAUGAGUCGGGCACUGCUGUUGCUCCUGCUGCUGGCUGGCUGGAGCUAUGUGGAGGCAGCCACCCACGUGAAUAUUUCCAUUGCCCAGCAACCGGCCACGAAUCCAGCGGAUGUUAACUACGUGGAUGGACGUGCGCCAGCGGAGCUGAAAGCUGGUCCCGCGAUGAUGAACGAGGAGGAGCGCUUUGAGCGGAUUCAAGAGAGGUCCCAGCAGCAGUCACAGUCACAGAUGGGCCAACAGCAGCAGCAGCAAGUGGGACAACAGGUGGGACAGCAGCAGCAGCAAUCUGCUCAGCUAACGCCUCGCCAGGGACAGGGACAGGGACGCAUGCAACGUCGUCGCAAUCACAGUCGCCGCUUGCACCAGCAACUGCAGCCGCAGCUCCAGGCACCGCACAAUGGACAAUUCCGUCAGCGGAAUCAACAGCUGCGCCAGAACCAGGAGUUCGAGCGGUACAUCCAGUCCUACCACAGUCACGGACCCACCGUCGAGACUGUCUAUGAAUCAUCGAAUCCUGCGCCACAGCGCUACACACAGACCAGCUCUGGUGUGAGUUCCUCCGCGGAUGACAGUGCGCCACAGAAGGUGGUGGCCAUUGGUGGAUCCCGGUCGCAGCAGCUGCGCAUGUUCGAGCGGCAAGUGGCUGCUCCGGUGUCGUCCUCGCAGGUACAAAGCGCCAAUGUGGAGGUCGCCCCGGACACCAAGCCCAUAUAUGAGCCCUCCCAGGCGCCAGUGGCAGCCGCCGUGCACGCCUCCACACCCGUCGGCAGCAGCAGCAGCAGCAGCUCCUCUUCCUCCGUAUCCUCCGGUGCUCCCGUGCCUGCUGGUGGUUCCCAUCCAUCAGAUGCCGCCUCCAGCUACGAUGCCACAUCCAGCUACAACCCAGCCACCAGCUACAACAGACCCAGCUACGAUCCAAAUCUCUACAACUACGACGAGGGCCAGGAGGUGGACUACCAGGGACAGUACCCGCCAGAGGUGGACGAUGGCCAGGGAUACGAUUCGCAGGGCUACGAUGACUACGGCGAUCAGGCUUCGUCCUAUCCAGGCGGAUCGGGCUAUCUGCCGCCUGCUCCUCCGCGCAGCUAUGCUCAGCCCCAGCGUCCGAUGGUCACCAAAACGAUUCAGAUUGCGCAGCCGGCGCUCAAGGCGAAGAAGUACGAGGUGCGGCAUCCGGCCAUCCAGAAGGAGUUCUACGACAUCGAGGAGCGUGUGCUGAUCAAGCCGGCGGGCACGCUUGUCGUGGAGCUGGAUCACCCCGUGGCCAAGAUUCCCAAGGGGGAAACUCUGCUGCCACUGGGACACCCGCACCCUGCGGUGGCUGCCGCCUACAGCAACAACGGACAGAGCUACAACACCCAGAGCUACAGCGGCAACAGCAAUGGAAACGAAUAUCGACCCUCCUACGACUCCUACGACUCCCCAGCCCAGUCCAAGGAUCAGCAGACGACCACCGUUGGCUCCAGUGUGACGACCAUGCCCUCGUACGAUCAGGCGCCGAAGGAUGAGUACGUGGAGGCACGGCUACAGCAGCAGAAGCCACAGCAGCAGCAGCAGCAGCAGCCAUCGGGCGAUGUUGUGGACAGUCGCCAGACCACUUCCACCUCGGUUUCGGCCGUCGAUGGCAAUGGCAAUCCCAUCAAAAUCAACACGAAGCACCUCACACCAAACAUGAUCACACGCGCGGAGCCAGAGCAGGAGUAUUCCAGGAACAUUCCGUCCAACGAGGUGCCCAACUAUGAGCGUCCGCCCCAGCGCAGCUACCAGCAGAGGACCAGCUACAACCGACAGCCCUACAACAACAAUGAAGACUACUUCGCAGGGGAGUUCCUGCCGAACGUCAAUUCAGCCAAUGUGGAAGCCAAGCCAGCGAGAUUGGAGCUGGCACCGGUCGAGCAGGAGCAGCCGCGCACGCAGAUCAUCAAGCACGAGCACAAGAUCCAUCUGCCGCCUUCCCAGCACAACAUUUACUUGGGUCGCAGCAGCCAGACGCCGCCCAAGGAGCAGAGAAUCACCGAAGUGCCCGCCCAUGUGGCCGAGCUUAAGCCCUAUCUGCGCAGCCACGUGGGUCCCACGGUGGUCUAUGCCAAGGCUUCGGUGAGGCCUGCCGCUCAGCGGGGAUACUAUACCCAGUCGUCACGUCAACGCAAUCCCCUGGCCGAGGAUCUGGAGUACAGUGCUCCCUACUCCCAAAUGAGAAUCAGUCCCGAAAAUCAGUCGGCCAGGCUGAUGGAGGCUCCCGCCAAAGAGGUAGAGGCGCCCAAGGAGAAGGCGUCCCAGGAUACACACAUUCAAAUCCAAAUUGCAAAUCGGAAUGAGGGCAAACAGCCCAUGGUGGUGGCAUCCACGAUCACUCCGGAUUGCGACAAGGGACAGCAGCAGCACCAGCACCAGCAGCAGCCAUCGGCACGUCUACAGCAGCGACAGCAAUACUCGCAACGUCUGGUGGAGGCUCCAGCAGCUGCCGCCGAUGUGUCAGCCACAAAGGCUACACCCACGCCCGUCCAGGCACAGCCUCAGGAUGUGGAUGUCUCCCUUAAUGGCGGCGCGGGACACCUGAAGCCAAACGAGCGCGUUAUCGCCGCCACAGCGGCUCCGACCGAUGCGGCAGCCACCAGCGAAACUCUGCACAAGCGUCGCAUUGUGGUCAACCAUCCGUUCCAGACGGUGCGCGAAGUAGUGGAGCACGAGCCGAUCACCAACUACCAUCAGAUCCAAGUGAACGAGCACGCCCAUCCAGCGCUGUACCAUCAGGCGGCCUACUACCAGCCACCGGUGCAAACGCACGGCAAUCUGGUGCACUUUCAUUCGAGCUCAACGCAUGGCAACCUCUACGCUCCGUACGGCUAGGAGGAUCGUAACUCCCAAUUCUCAAGGUGGAAACGAAACGAAUCGAACUGUGGCCUUGUAUCUUUGUUAAUGCAUUUUCAUUGUUAUUUGUUUUUUAGGAAUUAAGUUAAGAAAUAUCCUUGAAAUCGGUGGAAGGGCCCUUUCCCUGUUUGAUCUUCAUCUGAUUUGAAUUAAUUUGGUUUAAAAACCUAGGAUUAAGUGCAGAAUUACUUGCCAUUAAUAAAACACACACGAAAUGC